AUGGCCGCUCCAAGCUCAACCCCUUCACAGGUCUUCCGCAUUCUUGUUAUUCCCGGAGAUCACGUUGGGCCAGAGCUUAUGAAGGAGUCCCUUCGUGUGCUGCAUACCGUCGAAGCCACAUCCAGUGGACGGAUGAAGUUCGAGCUAAACCAUCAAAUUGCCGGAGGGUGCAGCAUUGACCAACACGGCACUCCCAUCACGGAUGAGGUGCUGCGGAUUGCAAAGGAAGAAAGCGAUGCAGUCUUGUUUGGUAGCGUUGGCGGACCGGAGUGGGGCACAGCAUCUCCAAACCCUGAGUCUGGGCUCCUUCGCCUCCGACAACAUCUUGAUGCUUUUGCAAACAUCCGCCCUUGUGUAUUCUACUCACGCAGCCUGAUUCCAUUGUCACCACUCAAGUCAUCGGUUGUUGAGGGCAUUAAAUUCAUUAUUGUUCGCGAGAAUACCGGCGGAGCUUACUUUGGCACAAAAGUCGAGGUACCGGACUUCGCAAGCGACUCAUGGGCAUACAGUCAGCCAGAGAUUGAGCGCUGCGCUCGUGUCUCUGCUGCGUUGGCAAUCAGUCUGGGCAAAGACGGUAAGGGAAAUGGAGGCCCAGCCACGGUGUGGUCCAGCGACAAAGCAAAUGUCCUCGCAUCAGGUCGACUCUGGAGGAAGGUGACGAGUGAAGUAUUCGAGAAGGAGUUCCCCAAGAUUGAGCUGAAGCAUCAAUUGGCCGACAGCCUAUCAAUGAUCAUGGUCAAGAACCCCAAGACGUUCAACGGUAUAAUACACACGGACAACACAUUUGGCGAUAUGCUCUCGGAUGAGGCGGGCGGAGUGGUCGGCACAUUGGGUCUGCUUCCCAGUGCCAGUCUCUGUGGCAUUCCCGACGGCAAGUCGCGCUGCAAUGGCAUCUACGAACCCGUUCACGGCUCAGCUCCGGAUAUUUCAGGCAAGGGUAUCGUCAACCCAGUGGCUGGAAUCCUCUCUACAGCAAUGAUGUUACGGUAUUCAUGCAACCUAGAGGAUGAAGCCGCCGCCAUCGAGGCCGCUGUAGAGAAGGUCUUGGAUGGGAAGGACAUUGGCGGUUUGGAAAUCCGCAGCCGUGAUCUCGGUGGGACAGCUACUACCACAGAGGUUGGCGAGGCUGUUUGCACCGUUCUGGAGCGGCUUCUGAGCUGA